AUGAUUGAGACAGUUAAACACCUGAUUGGCUCCGGUGGCUCCAGCGGAUUUGGAUCAAGAUCUACCGCCGAGCAUGUCACUGUUAAUUGUGAUCUCAAAUCUCUAACAGCCAUCAUCACUGGAGCAACGUCGGGGAUAGGAGCAGAGACUGCACGUGUUCUGGCGAAGCGUGGAGCGAGGCUUGUGAUUCCGGCUAGGAGUCUCAAAACCGCCGAGGAAACAAAGUCACGUAUCCUCUCUGAGUUUCCGGAUGCGGAGAUCAUUGUCUUGCAUCUCGAUCUCAGCUCACUCGCCUCCGUUCGUCGCUUUGUAGCGGAUUUCGAAUCUCUUCAUCUCCCUCUCAACAUCCUCAUCAACAAUGCUGGAAAAUACGCGCAGAAGCAUGCCAUCUCUGAGGACGGCGUUGAGAUGACGUUCGCAACUAAUUAUCUCGGCCAUUUUCUGCUGACUAAACUACUGUUAAAGAAGAUGAUUGAAACGGCGGAGCAAACCGGCGUUCAAGGCCGUAUAGUCAACGUCACGUCGGUGAUCCAUAGCUGGUUCUCUGGCGAUAUGCUGCAAUAUGUCGCCGAUAUCUCCCGAAAUAAUAGAAACUACGAUGCGACUCGAGCUUACGCGCUCUCCAAGCUAGCCAACGUUCUCCACACCAUUGAGCUUUCCCGAAUUCUCCAUAAAAUGGAUGCUAAUGUAACGGCCAACUGUGUUCAUCCUGGAAUCGUCAGAACGCGUCUCACACGAGAUCGAGACGGCCUCAUCACUGAUUUAGUCUUUUUCUUGACCUCCAAGCUAUUGAAGUCCGUUCCUCAGGCAGCAGCAACGACAUGCUACGUAGCAACGAGUCCGAGAUUGAGGAACGUGUCUGGCAAAUACUUUUCAGACUGCAACGAAGCUCGGACAUCUAAAUCUGGAUCCUGCAAUCUUAAAGCUCAGAGGCUGUGGACUGCUUCUGAGUUGUUGGUUUCUCCAGCUUCCACUCCCAACGUUUAUCAAACCUUUAAGUACUGCUCUUUAACCAAAGAUGCUAUGUAUCUCCGGCCAUCUGAAAUGGCGAAUGCCCAGAAAGCCUUCACAAUCGAAAACCUAAGGACAUUAGCCAAGCAGUCGUUCCGAUGCCUGGUCGUACCGGUGCGUCUCCGCCGCGCAAUAAAGAAAUACCUACGCGAGGAAGAUGAUCCUCACAUCAGGAAGAAGGUUCGUCAGCUAUCGGAAUCGUUCCAAGAGAUAAAAGACGCGAAUCUCCUUUUACCCGAAACAACGGCCAAGCGUCUUGCUGAUUCGAUGAACUCGGUGGAGGCGAAACGGUGGAAGUUACAGACCGUUUAUGGAGAUAGCGGUCUCCGAUACAGAGACGGUGAGACUGCUGCUUACGUGGCUUCUCGUAUGCCUGCUGCCUACUCCGUCUGCUUCAGAAUCCUCACUGAGAUUCGUCGAAGGCUACCUGAUUUUAAGCCUACAAGGGUGCUUGAUUUUGGUGCCGGAACCGGUUCUGGCUUCUGGGCAGUUCAAGAGGUUUGGCCAAAGUGUGCGCAGAAAGUUAAUAUAGUGGAACCUUCUCAGUCAAUGCAGAGGGCAGGACGUAACUUACUUCAGGGUCUCAAGGAUUUGCCUCUGAUCCAUGGGUAUACUAGCCUGCUAUCCCUUUCCCAAGAGCUCAACAAAAAAUGCAGAAUCCUCAAUAAUAAAUCCGAGAGGAAACAUGAGCUUGUCGUCGCUUCCUAUGUGCUAGGGGAGAUACCAUCUCUAAAAGACAGGAUUACUAUGGUUCGCCAGCUCUGGGACCUUACUGAUGAUCUCUUGGUUUUGGUUGAACCAGGAACGCCUCAUGGUGCUAAUAUUAUAUCUCAGAUGCGAUCCUAUAUACUGUGGAUGGAGAACAGAAAACUGCGUAAAAAGGAGAAAGCUGAAAUUGGCAAGGAAGUGCUCGAUCUCAAAUCUGGUGCGCAUAUUGUUGCUCCCUGCCCUCAUGAUGGAAAGUGUCCGUUGGAGAACACAGGAAAGUAUUGCCAUUUUGUUCAGCGGUUGCAGAGGACUUCGUCCCAGCGUUCUUACAAGCGUACAAAAGGAGUUCCCUUGCGUGGGUUUGAGGAUGAGAAGUUUUCCUUUGUGGUUUUCAGGAGAGGUCAGCGCCCACGGGAACCAUGGCCUCUUGAUAAUAUCAAAUUGGAGACUUUGAAAGAGAUGCGCGCGAAUAGGAAACCUGAGGAUCUCGAGAUUGAUUAUGAGGAAUUUAUCAAAACACAGGUGGUUGAGGUGCCUUAUAUUGAUCCAAGAGCACAGGACUCUGAUAUCACUGAUGAGGACGAGGAUGAGCUGGUAGUGGAAGAAGAAGAAGAAGAAGAAGGAGGAGGUGAAGGAACUGAUGAGGAUGAAGUACAAGUAGAGGAAGCAGAAGAGGAAGAGGGUAGUGGGAGGGCGAGCGUGGGAGGAGGAUGGGGAAGGAUCAUAUUCCCUCCAUUCCGCAAGGGGAAACAAGUGACCUUGGACAUGUGUGUGCCGACCAAUGAGGAAGGUUCAGAGGGAGCGUUUGAGAGGAGAGUGAUAACGAAAAGCAAGAACCCUCAUCUUCACUUGCAGGCCAAGAAAUCAUUUUGGGGAGACCUAUGGCCAUUAACCACUCAACAACAAGACAGUACCAAAGAUAAGAAAAAAGUAGAUGCCGAGUGGUGUCGCCCAGAUCAAGACCAGAAAUGGGGUGCAUGGCCUUGAGCAUUUAGCCUUUACUGCCAUGCAUCAUCUAUUGUGAUUUUAGUGAAUGAUUUGUUUAAAAUACAUUUUUCCCCCAGCGAGAAAACUUUAAUGGAGCCAUCGAUCAUAGCCGCAUGCUCAUGUUAUGAAUGUCCAUUAAAGAUGUGUUUAAAACAUAAAAGGAAUCCAAGCACUCAUUUUGUAGAAAUGCCUAACAUUUUUCAUAAAC